GAGAUCAAUUUGAUUCAAAUUAAUCUUUUCCUCGGAAAUUGUUUUUGUUUUUAAUUUGUUCCAUUCUUUUAAUUGUGGUCAUUUGUUGAUUGUUUUUCUACUAAUUUCCACUUUCUAUUCAUCAUGUCCGGUGCUCGUUCGGGUUCCAGUAGAGGUUCAGGAAUCAAACGUAAAAAGAAUUACUAUAAACAAUGUGGUGGAAAGCGCACAAAAUUUACUCCAUUCAAAGAAGGUGUCAAAGGCUUUUUGGUUACAUGUAAUAAAAGUGAAAACCAUGCGGUCAGUGAAGCUUUUUUUCUGUUGAAUAAAUAUGCUGAUGAAUUGGAGAAAUUAAAUAAACCGGAAAUUGGAGAGGAAAGUGUUGGUUCCCAUGAUGACAAAUCUGUUGAAGUUAAAGAGGAAAAAGUAGAUGAAGUAACCGUUAAAGAAGAGGAAUUGGAGGUUAAAGUGAAAGAAGAAGAUGUUGAUUUAGAAGUGGAGUUGAAGAAAGAGGUUGAUAAAAUGAAAGAAUCAAGAAAUCGUUUUUCUCAAUUGACCACAAAGACUCAUAAUGUUGUUUUCAUCGAAGCCAAAGAACCUUCAUUACAACCCAAUUCUCUGGUCGAUCUUGUUUUCAAUGAAAUCAAGAGUAAUUCAAAUUUCGGUGUAAGAUAUUGUCUCAAGAUACUUCCAGUUCUGAUGACAUGUGGAGCUUAUACUGAGACAAUCAAGAAAACAUUCAUCUCUUUAUUGGAAAAUCAACCAGAAUCCGCCAGUUAUUAUAUUAUACCAAAAGUGCGUGCCAAUAACAGUAUCACCCGAGAAGAAAUAAUUGAAGCCAUUUGCGAGGCUUGUUCAGAGAAAAGACCCUCUUGGACUCCUGAUUUUGAAGAUGCCAAAUUAACCAUUGUCGUUAACAUAGUUAAUAAGAAUUGUUGUCUGUCCAUUUUAGAAAAUUUCAAUUCCUUCAAGAAAUAUAAUCCUGUCGAAUUGACCAUAGCUCUAGGUAAUAACAUAACCAAAGGUACAAAAGCGAAUGCUGAACCCGAAACUAAAACUGAUCCCAAAGGUCGUCCAAAAGGUGCUGGAGGGCCAAGAGCCAAAGGAAAAGUGAAAACCGAGAAAACCCGUUGAAAUAAUUGAGAAUUAUAAUUAAUCUCUAAGCUCAUCUGAUUGCUUUAACCAUAAUUGAUUUCGCGCUCAUUUCCAUCUAAUUUUUAAAGUACAAAAAAAAGCAUUUUAAGAAAAAUCAAUCAAAUCCAAUGAGUAUCAAUCCAAUCAAAGCUUUUAAUUAACUAAACUAUCAAGUUAAAAGUCUAUUAAUCAAUUCAAACUGUGCCUUUUAACAGAAAAUUAAAAUUCAUUUACUCUUAUCACCAAUAA